UGUUUUGUUCACCUAGCAUGUUAAACGUAGUUAGCCGACAACCAAACAAAAAAAGCAGUGGUUCGCGUUCAGUCCGGGGUCGCGGUUGCCAGGUUUGCUGCAUGAUAUCUGUUGUCUUCUCGCUGUUGGGUUAGAACCUGUUUCAUCCAGAUGCAGGAAACGUGGUUUAACGUUACGUGAUGCUAAUGGUGCAGCAAGGUGUCUCUCCCCCCCCCCCCAUGAUGCAACACUAGGGCUACAGCUGUUUGCUGCGGGUGAGUUUAUUAGUCAGUUCAACGGAGACCAUCAGUCGACUGGUUCAAUUAUAAGAGAGAGAGAGAGUCACACGAGCUAGCUAAACCCCCACGAUGAUGCUCCAGGACGGAUCGACCCAGCUGCUCUGCCUCACCGCCAGCAGCGGGGUCCCCCUCUUCACGAGGGGAGCCGCCAAGCAGCUGCCCUUCUCCGUCAUCGGCUCCCUGAACGGCGUGCACAUGUUCGGAGGUGGCCAGGGGGUCGUGUUGUCCUGCUGCGAGACGGAGGGCGGGGGCAAGGUGGUGUGGAGAGUGUUCAGGGACAGCGUGAUGCUCAUCGCUGUGGGCGGAGGAGGACACGGUGGUGCAGGCGGCGGCGGCAAGGAGGAGGAGGUCCGCUUGCAGCGCCUGCUGGAGAAUGUGUGGAACUGCAUGGUGCUGGUGUUGGGGCAGGAGGAGCUGGCCAACAUCAGGAACGUGGAGAGGCUGAAGAGGGACCUGCGGUCCUGCUUCAACCUCAUCGAUCAGUUGCUGGAGGAGAGACCAGAGGGCAUCCUGGGCAACCUGACGCACUGCGCCGACUCACUCCUGCCUCCCAAUCCCGCUCUUCUCAAAGAGGCCGUGGACGGCUUCGCCCAGGCUGCCGACAGCGAGUUCGGCUGCCUUGUUGUCCACGGGCGCGUUGCUGCAGCCACGGAGAAGUGGUGGCGCCUCGCCCCUCAGGAAGUCGUGCUGCUCUCUGCCUUGACGCGGUCGCUCUCGGCCUCUGGGUCGGCCUCUUGCGACUACCCCGUGUUCCUUCCCCACGGCAGCCCCACCGUGGCCCACCGCCUGCUCCGCUUCCAGCUGCUGCCCGGGGCCGACGUGUGCGUGCUGUGUGGUCCCACCCCGUCCCUGCACAGAGCCGAGAGUGGGCUGGUGGGUCGCUUCUGGUCGCCACUGGUGGAGACCCUGAGGGACUGCCUGGCUGUUGGAGAGCGCUGCUUGCCAGCGUCCGUCUCCCUGCGCCCCGAUGUGCUGGCACUUCUUCUCAUAAACCGUGAAACGCGUCGGUCGGUCUCCUGUGUGCGGACUCCCACCCGUCACCUGCCCACCGACCCUCCUUUGCCCUCUAAGGCCCGCUGCUGGAAGCUGCUGAAGCUGCUCUACAUCUUCAGCACGACGCACUACUUCAGCCAGGAGGAGACACUGUGCGUCUCCCCAGAGGAGAGGGCCCAGAGAGUGAACACUGAAGACUUUGUCCUUGGAUUCUCUCACCAGCCAAUACAAUGCUACCUAGUCACAGAGGAGUGUAAAAGCUACGGACUUCAGACAGCACAGCACCAGCUCUUUCUGCUCAUCCCGCCAUCAGUCCCCACCUUUGCUCUGCGCACGGUGGCCACGCAGACUCUCUCUGAUAUAGUUGCAGCCACUGGAUUUUAAGUGAACGGUUUCAAUUUUGGCUGAACCUUGUAACCUCCCAUGUGACCUAAUAAUAUAUAAAUUACCCGGUGUACAGCUUAUUCACCUGUACUGUGAACUCACUGCUGAUAUUAAGUUUUUCAAUAUAUUUUACUGAUCACUGCAAACAUCUAAAAUUACAUAUCGGCCAAAAGAUCUACAGCAGAGGAUAUAAAAAUCUGCUUCCACCUCUUCAUCUUUUCUAAAGACAGUGUGAUUAACAGACCACUUGAAGAAGUUAAAUAGAAAAAUAUCUCACUGUUAUUCUCACCAGGCAUUUUUACUAAACUACUGCUACUUAUUUCAUGCAACAAAAGUAUGGAAACAAUUGAAAAUGCCAAGGUGAACUCAUUUUAGCAUUGUUUUGCAUUUAAGAGAUAAGUCACUGAUACCAAAGCUGUUUCUGUCACAGCAUCGUUCUGUUGGUUUUCCUGAACACUAACACUAACAACUUGGAUUUCACUGUAAGUGCAUUAGAGAAUCGUGUGGAAAAUUUGACACUGGGAUAAAAAUGAAAAAAACCCAGAAAGUAUUAAAUGAUUUGUUGCCUUAGUUCUGAUCAUAAAUACAGUUUCUAUUAUCA